AUGACCUCUCUCAAGCGGUCACACGCUUCGACGUCGACGGGCACAACACUAUCCAGCAAAACCUACCUCCGCACACUGAAAUCUGGAAAGGUGCAGAAAGUCGUUCGCGAACUAUACCUUCGCCAAGAUAUCCCAUGUUCUUCACGAUUAUGUUCAGCAUGUCUGGACCUGGCACCAGGGGGCUUCCAUCGCAGAAGUGAGCCAGCGGUACUAUCGGCCACACCUUCCGCCACCAAACAUUAUCCUGAGGGCCAUUAUCUCGUACCGGACACUAAUGCUUUUCUCUCUGCCAUGGACGUCUUCGAAAUUGAGGGUAAUGCAUUUCAGGAUGUCGUUGUGCUACAGACAGUUCUUGAAGAAGUGAAGAACCGAUCUCUGCCGCUCUAUAAUCGACUUAUUGCCCUGACGAAGAACGAAGGCAAAAGAUUCUAUGUCUUCUUCAACGACUUUAGGCUGGAGACAUAUGUGCAGAGAGAUGCUGGAGAGACGAUCAAUGACCGGAAUGAUCGUGCUGUACGUAAGGCUUGCGCCUGGUAUGCUCAGCACUUGCAGCAAGCUGCCAAGUCCAGGAAAAGCGCGAGGUGUCCAGCAGUCGUGAUGAUCAGUGAUGACAAGGACUGUUUGCGAAAGGCGACAGGCGAGAGCAUCAUCGCUUCCAACCUCGAAACAUAUGUGUCUGGGCUGCCGGAUGCUGAUCGUCUGAUAGAUAUGGUGGCUGCUAGCAGCGAGCAGCGCAUCACGAAAGAAGGCAGAUCACAAUUGUUGUAUCCUGACUACCUGACCAUAUCCGCCAUGCUCACGGGUGUGAAGAAUGGCACACUUCAUCAGGGCAUCUUCAACGUAUCGCCCUACAACUACCUCGAAGGCACAGUGCACGUUCCAGCAUUCGAUCGAUCACUAAUCAUACAAGGCCGCGAAAACAGCAAUAGAGCUGUCUCGGGCGAUAUUGUUGUGAUUGAAUUGCUGCCGAAAGAUCAGUGGAAAGCACCUUCUAGCAAGGUGAUCGAGGAAGAAGAUGUGGGCAAGAAUGAAAGCGCGGAGGUAGACGAGGAAUCACCAGAGGGAAUCGUCUCGGAGCGUGAGAGACGAGCACUGCAGGACGAAGUCAAAAAAGCGCAUGGACAGAGCACCGAAGGCCAGAAGCAACCUACUGCGAAAGUUGUUGGCAUCGUGAAGCGCAAUUGGCGACAGUAUGUCGGCCAUAUCGACAGGGACUCUGUGAGGUCACGUAAUUCGGACAGCAGAGCACAGCAGACUGUGUUCCUGAUCCCCAUGGAUAAGCGCAUACCGAAGAUCCGCGUACGUACCAGACAGGCUGGCGAGCUUGUGGGAAAGCGUGUACUGGUCACUAUUGACUCAUGGGAUCGAGAGUCUCGCUACCCGGUUGGACAUUUCAUUCGUAGCCUGGGUGAAUUGGAAACGAAAGGUGCUGAGACUGAGGCUCUACUACUGGAGUGGGACGUUCAAUACCGACCAUUUCCGAAGACUGUGCUUGACUGCCUACCUGCUGAAGGCCAUGACUGGAAAGUGCCUGCAAGUACGGAGGACCCUGGCUGGCAAGGUCGGCGAGACUUACGUGAUCUUCUCGUCUGCUCGAUUGAUCCGCCUGGCUGCGUUGACAUUGAUGACGCCUUACAUGCUAAGAAACUGCCGAAUGGCAACUUCGAAAUCGGUGUACACAUUGCAGAUGUGUCACACUUCGUCAAGCCGAAUAACGCCAUGGACAAGGAAGCCUCGCUCCGUGGUACCACAGUGUACCUGGUCGAUAAGCGCAUUGACAUGCUUCCGAUGUUGCUCGGCACGGAUCUAUGCUCGCUAAAGCCCUAUGUGGAGCGCUUUGCGUUCAGUGUCAUGUGGGAGGUCAACACAAACGCGGACAUCGUGAAUUCGACGUUCACAAAGAGUGUAAUUCGCAGUCGAGAAGCGUUCAGCUACGAAGCUGCACAGCUACGUAUCGACGAUAGAUCCCAACAAGACGAGCUUACGCAAGGAAUGCGGCAUCUCAUGAUGCUCUCCAAGAAGCUGCGUGCCAAGCGCAUGGCUGCUGGAGCGCUCAAUCUGGCCAGCCCUGAAGUUCGUGUGCAGACCGAGAGCGAGACGUCAGAUCCCGUGGACGUACAGACCAAGAAGCUUUUGGACACGAAUCAGCUGGUUGAAGAGUUCAUGUUACUGGCCAACAUCAGUGUUGCGGGCAAGAACUUUGAAGCCUUCCCUCAGACAGCACUACUACGACGUCACGCUGCACCGCCAAAGAACAACUUCGAAGAGCUCAGUAAUCAGCUCAAGGUCAAGAAGGGCCUGGAGUUGCGAACAGAGUCAUCUAAGGCACUAGCAGACAGUCUUGACACCUGUGUCGAGUCAAGCGAACCAUUCUUCAACACUCUGGUACGCAUUCUCGCCACACGUUGCAUGAUGAGUGCCGAAUAUUUCUGCUCCGGUACCCAAGCCGAAUCGGAGUUUAGACAUUAUGGCCUCGCUUCCGAGAUCUACACCCACUUCACCUCGCCUAUUCGUCGUUAUGCCGACCUUGAAGCACAUAGACAACUUGCGGCGGCCAUCGAAUAUGAGUCGCUGGACGCUAGCCUACAGAGUAAAAGCAAGCUCGAAGCUGUCUGCAAGAACAUCAACGUUCGUCAUCGUAAUGCCCAGAUGGCUGGUCGAGCGAGUGUGGAAUACUAUGUAGGACAAGCAUUGAAGGGGCGGGUGAUCGUGGAGGAUGGAUUUGUCAUGCGCAUCUUCAGCAAUGGGUUCGUAGUGUUCGUGCCACGCUUCGGCAUUGAGGGCUUGAUCAGGCUCCGAGAUAUGGCUGAAGACGGCGAGAAAGAGCCAGAAGGUGUCUUUGACGCGGAGAAUUACUCAUUAGAGAUUAAGGGAGAGAAGAGGCAAGCGAAGGUCGAGUUGUUUCAGAAGAUCAAGGUGAAGAUCAGCGAUGAAGCGGAAAAGAGUACUGGGAAGCGUAAGAUCAAGCUGCAACUGGUGCAGUAG